AUGUGGCAGCUACGCUACAUAGCAUGUAGCCACUUCCUGUAUAGCUGAAGGGUGGGACAGGCGGAAGAGGAGUCCGGAGGUGCUACCAUAUUUCUUUCGCUGAGCAGUUGGACUGAUAUUUAUCGCUCAGCAUGCCGGCGUAUCACUCGAGCCUGAUGAUCCCCGAAACCAGGCUGGUGGGGAACAUGGCUCUGCUUCCCCUCAAAACCCAGUUCAAGGGACCAGCCAGGGGAGACGGCAUUGACUCAGACAUCAUUGAUGAGGCUAUCUACUACUUCAAGGCCAACGUUUUCUUUAAGAACUAUGAAAUCAAGAACGAGGCAGACAGGACGCUGAUCUAUGUCACACUCUACAUUUCUGAGUGCCUAAAGAGGCUACAGAAGUGCAGCUCCAGGAGCCAGGGAGAGAAGGAGAUGUACACUCUGGGCAUCACCAACUUCCCCAUUCCUGGAGAGCCUGGCUUCCCGCUCAACGCUAUGUACAUUAAACCUGCCAACAAGCAGGAGGAAGAGACUAUGAGGGCGUACCUCCAGCAGAUCCGCCAGGAGACCGGCCUGAGGCUAUGCGACCGAGUGUUUGACUCCCAGACAGACAAACCCAGCAAGUGGUGGGUGUGCUUUGUCAAGAAGCAGUUCAUGAACAAAAGUCUGUCUGCUCCUGGACAGUGAACAUCUCAGGACCCACAGUUUCUAUUCUACACCUGCAAGAUGGAUGGAUGAAUGGAAUUUUUUUCUUUGGGUGGGUGGGAUGUGCUUUUGUGUUGCUAAGAUGAUUUUAUACUCUUUCAGUUUAAGGAUAUGUCUUGUCUUGUCUGGAUGUCGACCAUAUUGAGCUGGUGCUUAAUUCAAUAAAGUGGUCAUGGAGAUUGGAAAAUGA